CAGAGAAUUUUCCUGUAGUAACUAAGGACCUUUCAGGAGGAAGGUUUUUAAAUUUUUUGUAGGGUAAAGAUCCUUUAUGUAAAUAUCAAAACAAGUCCCACUAAAAACUACAAAUCCCAGCAGACAGUUGGGUUAUGUGCGCUAAUCGCUCCGCCUCUCCGGUGUAAUUUAUGACUUGGGGCGCCCCGCCCUUCUGGUAUAGAUAUUUUCUUAAAACGACCCAUCUGUGGAGCUGGUGGGACUUUAACUUGGGUGUCCUAGCUCAUAGGCAGGAGCGCUAGUAACAAGGAGUUCCCUUGCGGUGUAACAUUCGGAAGCCGGGUCGCGAGCCUGCCAUCGCCCUCCCAUCCCAGUGUAACAUUUGGAAGGCAGCGCGGGGCCAUUCAUAGAAGAGUGUCUGGGAUUGGAACGUUGUGUCGUCCAGCGGAGCGCGCGCGCCGCACUGUAACCAUGUCCCAGCUGAUCGCGCUGGCUCGCUGCGGAAUCUGCGCCAGGUCCGCCCUCGCCCCCGUCGCAGCGCACCAGCGAGCCGGCGUCUUGCUCGUUGCCGGCGGAACCGCCGUGAGCCGGCGCCUCUGCGGCGUGCGAUGGCUCAGCCGGCACGGCGUUCGGAAGAUCGGCCUGGGGGACGGUGUUUGCACGGGGCUGCUGGUCGGUGGCGCCGUGCUGGUCGGGGUCACAACCGCCGGCUUUGGGCUCAGCCGUCAGCGGGCCGUGAUGGCAGCGGAACGCUGGCGCGGAGGGACCGAGCAGGACCAGCUGGCGCGGGAUGAAAUGUUGCAGAAAUGCAAACACUUCAUGUCGGAUCCGGUGACCGACAUCGACCAGUUGCUGGAAAAUAAGGAGAACAUGAGGACUAAGAUGGAGUUGCUGAUCAUGGAUGUUCAGGCUGAUGUUUGCAAAGCCUUGGCUGAAGUUGACGGCGGUCAGACUUUCAAAGUCGACCGAUGGCACCGUAAGGAAGGUAAACAUUUCUGAAUGUAUGUCUACGUG